AGGCUGCUCAAAUUAAAAGAGUAGCAGGAUAGCAGGUUAAAGUUUGAUUGAUAGAUUAUUUCUCUAGCUAUAGUAUUCACGUCUGAACUGAAGAAAUGUGAUUGGUACAUAAAAUUAUUCAUUUCGGUUUAAAGAAUAUCGCAAAUUGCUUUAACAUUCAUUUGUAAGAAGAGAAACGAGAUGGAUCAAAGUUGGGCAAAUAGAAAUAAAAGGUAUAGGAUGACAAGGGGCAAUUCGAUUGCUUCUCUAGAAAAAGGGAAUUCGUUUACCAGUAUAAACGCACAAAAUGGCUUGACAACAGUAAAAAAAGCUCCGGCUGUUCCGUUUAAAUUUGUUAUUGCGUUGAUAGUGGUUGGAGUCAUCGCGGUGGGGACAAUUGUUACACUUGUUGUUGUACUAACAUCAAAAGACGAUGACGGAGAAAAAACAACAGCAGGCGCCCCAGACGGGAAAACUACAAGUCGAAUACUAACCACUAUUACCACUACAACGGCCCCACCAAAUAAUGUUUCAACGACAACAACAAUAUCUAGAAACACAACAUCGGGGCCUGUAGAUGAUGUGUGGGGUCUUUGGGGAUAUUGGACAGAGUGUACCUCAACAUGCGACUCUGGAAUUCAUAAACGAUACCGAAACUGCAAUGCACAAGACUCAACAGAUUGUCUUGGAGAUUACAUAGAGACUGAAGUGUGCGUAAAAACUGCUUGUCCAGUGUUUGGGAAGUGGACAACGUGGGCAUCUUGGGAAAGUUGUGAUAGGACCUGUGGCAGUGGUACUCAGUCAAGAAGGCGAUCUUGUUCUAAGAUUGAUUCAUCUGACAUUAACUGUAUUGGUUUAAGUUUACAAAAUAAAGCAUGCGCUGAAUGGGAAUGUCCAGAUUGUAGCAAAGCAUGCAUCGUCGGAACAUUAAACGAUGACUGUGAUACAUGUGAGUGUGGCGGUGAAGUAAUAAAUGGUAGGGUGUGCGUUGUCGAUACAGGGAACCCAAUAGGCAAUGCCAAAUUUUUUUCAAGUACAGCACCGACCAAACUUCUGGGCAAAGCAACUCAACUGGUUUCUUUACACUGGAAAAUUUGUGUGCGCAAACACGGAAUUAUUAGUAACUAGAAUCCGGAUUCGUUGAUCAAAUCGUUUUUAUCAAUAGUGACUACUUGAUAGUCAACAUGACAAAACAAAUUUUGCCUUACUUAACGGAAACGCCACAAACAAAAUACAGAUUAAAGGGUGAAGAUGCUACGCUAUGUUGUCAAGCUAUAGCAAAUCCACCUAUCGAUUAUUACGAGUGGUUUAAAGAUGGUCAAAUUCUUAACGAGAGCUUAAAUCAAGAGGGUAAUAAAUUAAGUUUGACAAGCUUAACAACAUUUGAUAGCGGCAGUUACCAAUGUAGAGCUAACAGUGCUGCUGGAGCUAUAAUGUCUCCUGUAGCAACAAUGAACAUAAAAGAGGGGUCUGACGAGUUUUGUUCCGAUGCCCUCCAGCAGAAAACAAUCGCUUUACCUGAUGAUUGUAUCCAAUCCAGAACAAACACUGCAACAUAUGAAGUAGGGGAAUGCAUACCAAAGCGUUGUAGGGGCCACAAUACCACCGACAAUGGGUCAUGCCGUGAGGACAUCACAACAUGCUGUACAACAGGCGAAGCUGACCUUGAAAAAGUUCAAUGUUCAGGCUAUGAACUUGAGGUUGUUGUUGUAAAAUCGUGUAGUUGUGGCACAUGUGUAUCAGAUUCUCUUACAAUUUCGGGAUCAGCUUUUGGCGUGAAAGAUGGAUCCCCUCUUAGAUUUGGCGAAGUUUGGUUAAAUGGUGUUUUUCAAACCUACACAAGUACAUCAGGUGGGUUCAAUAUUGAUGUUUCCAAAGCUUCUCCAAGGAUAACAUUAAACUUAAAAGAUGUUUAUUUCAAGCAGUUUCUACCGGCCGUGAAGGUAAUCGACAUCAAUGAUCAAAUGGGUGGAGUGCUUCGAAUAGACAUUCCCAUGAUUAAAUCAUCAGAACCAGUGCAAAUUGAUUCAUCAGUUGACAACACUUUGGCUGCAGGUUCUUCUGAAAAUAACGAAAGCACGUCAAUUAUUCAAAUUUUGGUUCCAGCUAACGCAUUUUACUAUUCAAAUGGCACACAGUAUAGUGGAACAGUUGAUGCAAGUCUAACUUUUCUUGAUCCAACCAAUUCAUCUGUACUAGAAAACAUGCCAGGAACAUUUGAAAUUGUUGACGAAGAAGGGCAACUUGCUGAUCUAGAUUCUCUUGGUGUCUUCAGCCUUUACUUUGAAGAUUCAUCUGGAGAACCUUUGGUUUUAAAUAAAGUAGUCGAUUUUUACGUUCCUCUUGAAGCAGUUCAAGACGAAGACAUUCUAGGGGAAAUAAAAUUAUGGAUGAUUAACACUGAAACUGGAGUUUGGGAGUAUGUAACGCAAGAAACUGGAUCAACCAGAAGAAGAAGGCAAAUAAAUACUGCUCGUUGGAUUGGAGAACUCGACUUGUCUACCAUAUCUCAAGCCUGGUUCAAUUAUGAUAGGAUAAGAAGAAGAUCGACCGCCUGUUUCUUCAAAGUAAGACUUUUCGUUGACGCGACAACCUUAGCGACUGUUACAUAUACGAGGAAAUAUAUUAACGUACACACCCAUAUUCUUAAUGGUAAUUUAUUAACAACUGUAAAAAGUUACAUGCGCUACCCUGAAAGCGAAUGCAUGACAGGAAUUUGCGAAGGAAAUAAUGCGUUUAUAUCUCUUUUCUACUACGGACGAAAAGGUACCGAUCAUCUCUUUGCUGGGACUCCCGCAUUAGAACAAUCUAGCCACUAUUAUCAAAUAAUAGAUGAAGAAAAGGUUUUAAACAUUCAAAUGUCUGUAUCGGAAGAUGGACCAUUUUUUAGAAACGAAGCUCAAUGCAAAGCCUCAAGCAAAGACGAAAAACACUUAAAGUUUCAUUACGGACAGACAAAUGAAAUAUUUACCUACAUGAAAUUUUUUGAGUUGCCAGGUCCAGGAUCAAAUAUAGAUUUCCUUAUUCGUAACAGUCAAAGAACCUGGUAUCCUGCUCGAGUUCCAGAGGGUUACAGAAUCUGUUUAAUGAAAGUUCGAAUUAUGUUUCAAUCAACCAUAUAUUUGUCUCCCGGUCAAUUUAUCAAAUUAAAAGCAACAAGUUAUGGUGGCACAUACAGUGAAACCGAAAAUUUUAUUUUUGGUAUCCGAGAGUACGCACUUUCAAAUUUAGUAGACACGACAUUUUGCAUUGAAUAUAAAUGCAGUGGAACAAUUGAUCCUGUGUUUGAUGAGCAAUUUGAUUAUACAAGAGUUGCUUUGCAUCUUAUCUAUCCUGAAAGCGGUAUUACUAGUGAAAUAACAACUGAAGCCGAUUUUGUGUCAUCCUUUACUGACCUGGGCAAUGUCGCCCAACUUGGGGAAGUCGAUGGUCGAUACGAUAUGAAAGCACCUACAGUAUACACACCUGAAAUUGGCUUAUACUCAGCAACAUCCGAUCGAUUAGAUAUCGAUAGCGCCACAAACACAGCUGAAGGGGAGUGUCGCUCGGGUAUACCCCAUAAUCUUGAUGACGACAAUCCGGAUAUCGGUGUCGCUGUAACAUUCACUUUAACAGGAGAAAACAACUGUAAUAAUUGGUGGUUUUUUUUGGGGAGUUUUUCCUGCUUUGGUUGAAAUAAAAUGUAACAAUACAGUAAUAUACUCAACAUAUAAAGUAUUAACCUAUUUCUUGACUUUAUAUAAGUAGUUACCAUGCUUGAUAUUUCUUAUAAAUUAAUCACUAAUUCAUAUGGCAAACAAUUCAAAUCAAGUAUGUUUGGAGAUAUGUAUGACAGAACAUUGAUCAGUACCAAGUGGCUAAGAAUUAAUGUUCUUAAAGGGAUUUUUCUAUUUGUAUAUUUAAAUGGUUCAUUAUCAUUUGUGAUAACAUAUUAUUUACAUGUUAAUAAUCUUGUUGUUUUUGUUUUGCUUAUAUAUUGAAUGUGUUAAACAGCUUUUUUAUGUUAAUUAAGUAUUUAUUCAUUUUUUAAAUGUUUAACUCGAAUAUUUCACUUUCUAAAAUAGUGAAAUGCACUGAACGUCUUAUUGAUACUGACAUUGUGUCAAAAUAUACUUUUAGAUUUCCUACUUUUUUGCAUAAUUGGGGCUAUUACAAUAAUUUAAACAAUUAAGAUGAUUUUGAUUUUGAAAUAGAUAACUUGCGAUAUUAAUCGAACUGAUGUCUAUUUCACAGUUGAUGAAACUCUCGAGAGCACAUUACCAUGUGAAUUAUUUUAUUGACCGUAAUCAUUGUCAUGGCUCACACUUUAGCAAGACGACCACAACUAUCAUAAGUUAAGAAAAUACUUCACAAUCGGCAUUUCAAUUAAAUUUUAUUUAUUUUGAUUGUAAUGAAAACUCUUUUAUAACAAUAUAUUAAACCUUUUUUCUUUUCAAAUGUGGUUUAUAAACUUCGUUUAUUC